AUGCUUGCAAGCCCCACCUUGGCCGAGGAGCGCGACUACGUGGCGGCAGUGACGCUGCCUCAGGAGGCCCAGGGUUUCAGGGAUAUUCUGGUUGAUACGGGGGCAGGGUCACACUUGUUUACUGAAGGAUUUGAUACUUCGGCUCAACCUGUGGGUGGCCCCGCGGGAGCUGGAAUGGUCACAGUGACCGGGGAGCCCCUAAGCACAGGCCAGAAGAAACGUAGUCGGCUCAAGACCUCGGAUGGUCAAGGAUUCUCGGUGGAAUAUGCCGAGUCGAAGAAGGUGGUGCCAGCAGAGGCCAUGAGCCUCGAAGAGGGUGCGGGAGGAACCGCCCCGAGCCAAGCUGCGGAUGGAACCGCGCUUGAAAAUCCACCAAAGGAAGACUCGGGAGGCCCAGCUAGGUCAAGCUCCAGCAGGGGUCCAGAGAACCCGAGCCAAGCGGCGGACAGACCCGCGCUUGGAAAUCCACCAGAGGAAGACUCGGAGGCCCAGCGCAAGACUAGAUCGAAGCGCGUCCCAGACCUGGUAUCCGAGCAGGAGUACAGGGAUCACAUGAUGACUCACCUCCCGUUCCGCUCCUGGUGCGACCACUGUGUCGCUGGAAAGUCCAGGGAGGACUCUCACCCGUUGCGAGAGGCACGGAAGUGUAAGGGCGAGGUCCCCCGUUUCUGCGUAGACUACGCCUUUUUAGGCAGAGCGCUGAAGGGCGAAAUGCCUAAGACGGCAGAGGCAUUGAAGGAGCCCCUUGAUGCGGAGGACGCCCAACGACCAAUACUGGUCAUGGUGGAUCAGGAGACAGGAGCGACCUUCUCCUACUUGGUCACAAAGGGGGUCAACAACUACGCCGUUCAUGUUAUGAACGAGGCCCUCAAGUUUGCGGCAAGGCAAAGGGUGAUCAUCAUGUCGGACGGCGAGCCCGCGAUCCGGGCCCUGGUGGAUACAGCGGCCAGACAGGCCGGAAGGGAAACCCAGGUGCAGCACGCACCAAAGGAAACACAUGGACCCAGCAACGGGGCAGCCGAACGAGCUAUCCUAGAGGUGGCCAGGCAGGCCAGGACGCUGGUCUAUGCCCUCGAGAUACGUUAUCCUGGAUACCAAAUCAAGGGUGACAACGAGGUGUUUCCGUGGGUGAUUCGUCACAGUGAGUGGCUUAUCACCCGGUUCCUGAUCAAGGCUGAUGGAAAGACGCCCUAUGAACGGCUGAAGGGCCGGGAAUACAAAGGCGAGAUAGUGGAUCCACUGGAAACUAUCCACUAUAAGAUCGACAAGGAUCAAAGGGGCAAGCUGGAUGCCCAGACUUCCAUUGGUAUUUGGUUGGGUAAGACCCUCAGUGCAGACGAGCACGUUGUGGGAACUCCGCAGGGCAUCCGAAAGUGCGGUGACGGGCACGCGUUGGUGGUACCGGGUGACAACAAGCCACUCACCCUGCCAGACGGGCGCAAAGGGAGAUCUGUAUACAUCACCCUGGAGCGCCAGAUCAGACAUGGCCCAACGCCAGGCUGUCCGGGAUGCAACUGCUCUGCAGGAGAAGUGAAGCCACACAGCCCAGAGUGCAGGAAGAGGUUCGGCGAACUCUACCCUCGAGGGGCCGCAGGCUACAGCACAGAGCCGGGCGAAGAGGGGGCACGGGCUGUGGAGGGGGAUGCAAUGGACGUCUCCGGGGUUGGAGCUUCCGGUGUGGGAGGCCCCGCCCAGGAAAGCGAGCCACAGGGUUCGGGAGGAACCGACUCUGUGCAAAGCCGCACGGACCUCAAGAAGCAGUUGGCCGACAAGGCCAGGGAGCGGAGAGAAGCCGCACGGCUCCAAGAGGACUGCAGAGGAGGCCUCCCCACUCUUCACGAGGAAAUGCUGCUUGCAGCUUAUCCUGAAGAUGGGCUGCUGGAGAGCCAGGGUGCGUUUGACGAGCGCACAGGGGAGGCGCUUCCUGUUGAAAAGGUCAAGAAAGCACGUGGCCGAGAGCUGGACAAGAUGCUAGAGCACAACGUCAAGGAGGACAUCACCUGGGAAGAGGCGAAAAGCCGAGGACUUAAAAUAGUCAAGAGCAGAUGGGUGGAUGGCUGGAAGCCACUCCCAGAUGACCCCCAGGGUGUCCGGAGUCGGUGCGUGGCUCAGGAAGUCAAUGUGAGCCAAAGGGAUGACGUGGCAUCUGGGACGCCUCCGUUGAAGGCCCACCGGAUGGUCCUGUCCCAUGCGGCUACAAAGGCUCCAGGCGCGCGUGCUAACAAGAAGCUUAUCGCCAGAUACGACGUAUCAGUGGCAUUCUUCCAUGCAGACUCAACAGGGAAGAUUGCUGUGGUUCCACCAAAGGACUUAGACCAGAAUCGCUUGUGGUUCCUGAACAAGGCGAUGAAUGGAACGCGAGAAGUGUCCAAACAAUGGGCAGCAAAGAUCCUCAAGAACAAGAAGAAAUGGGGAUUCUUGGAGAUAGAGUCCGUGCCAGGGCUUUUCUAUCACCCUGUUCAUGACCUCAUGGUGUGCUGCCAUGGGGACGACUUCCUGGCUUCGGGUGAGAAGCCAGCCUUGGAGUUUUUGGAUGGCCUCAUGCUCGAAGAGUAUGAGGUGAAGGAAGGCUACACGUGGGAAGCAGAUGGAAAGUACGCAAGGCUCCUCACGCAGGAGCUCAAUCUUGAAGGCGGAAAGGGAGUUGACACCCCAGCCUCCAAGGAGACAGGAAAGAACGACAGGUUUGCGGAGGAGGAGUUGUCGCCUGAGGAGGCCAGUGAGUUUCGAAGGCUCGCGGGGACAGCACUGUAUCUGAGUCUUGACCGGCCCACGAUACAGUUUGCAGUAAGCGACAUUACUGCAGGUAUGGCCAAGCCGCGUCGCAUUCACAUGCACCGGCUCAAGCGCCUAGCCCGCUACCUACUCAAGUUUCCGUCGGAGGUGUGGGUCUACAAGUACCAGGAGGCAGAGUACUAUGCCUUGACUCGUGGUGUGGCGGCAGGCCGCAUGUCGCAACAGAUCUGGGAAAUCAUUGGCUACAAGCUUCCGCUGGUGGCCGAGACUGACUCGACAGUCGGGAAGGGCAUUGCCCAACGAAAGGGCGUAGGAAAGCUGAAGCACCUGGAGCUCAGGGAGCUCUGGCUGCAAGACUACGUGCAGCAGGGCAAG